AUAAAUUAAACAAGGUACCUACUCUUAGUAGAGGAGUCUUCUUGAACUAUGGCACUUGCAACUGCAAAUGCAUUGAAAGAAAUUGAGGAGGAAAUUGCACUUGAAGGUCUUGAUGGAAUUACAUUACAAGGUUUAUGGGUGAGACUGGAGAAUCGAGUUAAUUUCUGUAAGAAGCCCCACUUGGACUAUAACACCAAGCUAUGUAUUUGGUCCAUGAUUUGUGAUGACAAUGAGCUCAGUUUCUACCGACUUCCAACUCCCAGAGCUGACCUCAUCAUAUCUAACAGGUAUGAGAAUAUGGACCCAGAACUGGGGAUUGUAGUAGAGUCUCCCACCAACCAUCCCCAAGAACUUUACCCAUUUCAUAAAGUGGAGGAUGAGGGAACUGGAGAAAUGGGCUCUUGCCAGCACUAUCACACCAGAGAGGAUGUUUCUGAAGAGGUGUCCCAGCUUGAGCUUGAUGAAGUUGAAGAAAGAUACAAGCGAGGCGAGCUGGUGGUGGUGGCAAGUCAGAUGCUGCGAGACAAGGUGCUGUGGGUGAACACCAACGUGGAUCCCUUCAAUCCUCUCACCCUCGCCCAGUAUUGCAUACUGGAACGCAUUGCCAGAACAAGAACUAUGGGAGAUAUUACUCAAGGCAAGCACGGCAUGACGCAGCUAGGCGAUGCCAAGUCCUUGUUCUACCACCGCAAGCGGUUGCUCAAACUGCGCCUCAUAACAAAACAAACACACUUACAGAAGAACCUGAAGGGUGUAUCACAGACCGGCUCCUUGCUUCAUCAUGCUCAGUUCUAUGUAGAGCGUAAGAGCAAGUUUGUUCUGCUGAUUGAGCAUUGCAUUGAACUGCUACGUGGGAUGCCCAACUAUACCGUGCCGCUGAGUCUGCUCAAAGAAUCGCUGGCACUGCCUGAUCUCUCCUUUAAGAAGCUAAUUAAAAACAUUGAAUUCUCCAAAUACAUCAAAACUGAGCUGCUUCCUCACUCGAAGGUCUAUCCUAAUGCAACACCACGUGAAAUGUACGACAAGAACAAGAAGGAAAGACAGGUUCGCUGCUUCGUGCUGGCAGAUCCUAAGCUGUCGCCUGGAGACCUGCACGCAGACGAGCCUCCUGAACCAGACGAUGACGACGAGGAUGACGCGGCCGGCAUUCUGGACCGUUCUAAGAUCGUGCUGUUCAAGUCAGCAUUGCAACGGGCUUAUGAGGUGGCCAGGGAGAAUGGACCUGAAGGGACGACGCAGAGAGAAAUUAUGGAGAAGCUCGGACAGACUCGCCUCGAUUCCCGCACAAUCUGCAGGAACCUGUUGCGGAGUGGGGCAGUGGACUCGAUCAUGCGUGAUGCGGGACGCCAGCGCGUGACACACUUCGUGCCACGGGACCAAGUUCACUCCAGUCGCUUGACGCAAGAGUUUUCUCAUGAGAAACAAAAGCUCUUGAAACUCAUGCAUAAUGCUAGCAGCGGUGAUGCAACGGAUAAUGACGAGCCUUCAAUUUAUACUGAGGUUGAGCCUGUAAUUACUGAACCCAAGCCAUCCUCGUCAGCUGCCAACUGUACCAAAUCUUCUUGCCACAAAUCUGACAAUCUUGUGGGAAAAAUCACUCCCUCUGAAGCUGAAUGCGACUCCAACGUCGUGGGUAAAAUAUUCAAAGAGCAAGAAACUCCCGAAGAAAGUUUAGUUAUCCUUCCUACGAGACCACAAAAUGAUCCUACUACCAUCCAGCUCGACGGUUCGGCACUUGUCAUUUCUCUCGAUGAUAGAGUUAUUGAAACGGAUGAUCAAGCACCAGACAACAGCUCUGAUAACCGAGCAAUCUCUCUCGAGACUAACGAUGCAGAUGACAAUCAUUCUUCUGAUGCCCCAGCAAUCACAGUGUCAACUUCUCCUUCUGAUCUUGAACUUUCAAACUCAAAUUUAAUAUCAAACUCAAAUUUAGUACACACUGAACUGGAAAUUUCUCAGGGUUUGGCUGAUCAAUCUUGUACGACCGAAGUUAGUAAUCCAGAUAAGGUUAGAAAAUCUAAUGAGGUGAACGAGGCUGAACAUGUGACUGAUGAAAACUUAAAUGCAUCUCAGGAAUUAUCUUCGCUAGCUUUAAAAUGUGAAGACGGAGGCCCUUCAAAAUCAGUCGUAAUCAAACGAGAAUUGGAUAAUUCCCAGGUUGGAGUUUCAAAUGUUGGCAGAAUUUUUGACAAACGGAAAGGCGAGUACGUUUCUGACACGAACCUUCAAGAAGCCAUGCUAUCUGCUUUGGAUGUGCCGACCACGUCUCAGGUUACUGAUGCAGACGAUGCUGCUCAGGAUGAGGACUUGCCAACCGUCGUGAGCAUCAUCGAGGACUCUACGCUAGCCUUUACUGAUGAUCCUGACGCACGCUACAGGAAGUUUUUGGAUGGAUCAGAAUGUUUUGAAUCAAAUUCAAAGCGUUUGUCAUCACAACUGACAACCCGUCUCUUGAAACGCUCGAACAUCAUCCUCGAGACGGUCCGCACCCACAGAGUUAUUCCUGACUCAUUCCAACUCCAGAAAGCCAUCCUUGAGUCUGAAGUGGAUUUAAACCAUCGCAUUGAUAAGAAGUCCGUGACACGUCUGGUCCAGCGGCUACGUGCCGGCGGCUUCAUCAGAAUAGUGAAGGUUAAGUUCAAAACCUCGUCAGGGUACAAGGAACACUCCAUCAUCGUCCACCCCAGCGUCCCGUCCAAUGACGCGCAGAUAGAAUCGGUCAUCGAGCAGCUGAGAAUGAAACACCUUCCUCCUCCGUCCAAGAAAGACGCGACCAAGAAGAAAGGAAAUGUCCUGGUCGUUACUUCGACUUCUCCCAACCUUUCUAUGAAGUACUUCAAAGUAAAGAAGAACAACUCCAGAACUUUGGGGAAGAGUUCGUUGGCCAGACCUGCCCCGAAGUUCAGGCGCCUACAGGAGCUUCAUCACUUAUUCUUCUACCUGGCCCGGAACUACGAAGGUGACGUAAACCUCGACCAGCAGGCUACCUGGAGCGCUAUACGGCACGACAAUCCUGGACUCGAUAUCGCGUCUGAGUCCUUGCCUCGACUUUAUACUCCUGAUGCCUGCUGGAAGAUGUUCAUACCUCCGCUGGGUGAACAUGCUCGUGCCACGUGCGGUUGGGUGCUGUUGUCAGACGUGAUCAUGUCACUGCCGCUGUACGUGUUCACGCGCGUCGUGCGCUGCGCAAUAGACAACGAGCUUGCUAAGUGGGUGCGGCAUCCCAUCAAACGUUUCUAUCUCAUCAAAAUGCUUCCCGCGUCUCUUCGUUCUGAAGUCUUAGAGAGCCGCCGCUACGUGUACCACAUCCUGGAGCUCGUCCAUCGUCUCUGCUACAUGGGACUCCUACAGAUGGGUCCUCAGAUCAGCGCGCCUUACCGGGAACAGCAAUUAGUGUACGUAAACUGCCGCACAACGCUCACGGACACCUCAACAUCAGGUCCGGGCUACCACCAAAUAUCUCAGGACCGCUCCUACGCUUUACUAACUCACUCCUUCCACGACCUCAAGAGCGUUUCGCAGUACUGGCAAGACCUGCAGAGGAUCUGCCUGAGCACACCUCUUGGCGGCAACCGCGGCGUGGCAGGCCAGGACAUCACCGUCCUGAUGCUGCGCCACAAGCCCGCCAUGGAAGAAGCUAUUAGCGUUCGUCAGAUUGCUGAGGCUCCCGAAAGGGACACUGGAAAUGUUCCUGGAGAUCAUAAAGGCGCCGCUGGUCUCGACUCAGCCAUGUUUGCUCAUCUUAAACGCAAUUGGAAUUUUGCUCGCUCCGCGCUUGCCGAUGCGCCAGUUGAAGCUAUUCUCCCUGACUCCGGCAUUGAUAGAUCUUUGUAUUCUUGUACGUCUGCUCCUACUUAUGCUUGUGCCACGAGUGCCCGUCCAACCCUGCCAUGCGGAGCUCUUUAUCGCAGCUAUCUUCUCUCUACAACACAACAAACACCGGCCACCAGCAGCGGUUCUAGAUUACCUGGACUGCGAAAGAUGGCUACUCCAUACAAAAACAGGAAAGGAGAGAAAAAAGCUGUGGAAUUUGACGUGCGAAUAAUGUCGCGUGCCGAGAAGAAGAGUAUGAAACCAAAGCAGAAGCCAGAAGUUAAAAAGCGGCCAUUGCUUGGUUUGCGACGCAUAUCCCGCCGCAAGGUAAUGCUUCGGAAACUCAAAGCUCGAGCCAAGCCCUCGAAAAAACCCUACUACGACGAGGAAGAUCGAGCUGCACUGCGCAGGAUGAACAAAUUACGCGUCGACUGGUCGAGUGCAGAGGACUCGUUGCUGUUGCUGUGUAAGGUGGCCUCUUGCUACCUCUUGCCGGCCGCCCUGCGCCCGCGCAUGCUGCCCUUCUCUCUGGUCCGCACUGUGCUGCACAAACACUGUCCUGAGUCCCUGAACAAAACUGCUCGAGCAUGCCAGCGCCGCAUGAACUACAUCCUCAAAGAUCAAACCACUGAAGACAGCGUCGCUAUUUACGUCGAGGAAGUCAAAGAUGAUAUUUACAUAAGAAUGAAUUUCGUUCCUCCGUGUAUUGCGCGCAGUCGUGAGAAUUUAGAGAGCAUUUAUGGUUCACUUUUCAUUGAAUUGGUUGAUUACCUUCUGAAGAAGUUCAAUUCUAGCACAAAGCGCAAAGUCCUGAAUUUGCACGACUCAUACAAAGAAUUUGAGCGCCACUUCGAGGUAGUUUCGAUGAAAGGAAUCAAACCAGCGCCGCAUUACUCUGAGCCUGCUAAUGUUCCUGACAUUCAGGGCCACGCUAUCAUGAGCCUCCUCAUGAGCUCACUAUGUUCAAGGGCAGACCGCGAAUCUUAUGCUUAUCAGCUGUACCAGGCCUAUGGACAUUAUUCUCAUCAGACUCUCUACAACACUCUUGUCAAACUGAGAAACUCUCAAAUGAUCAGCUACAAGAAAUCCUACAAUCGCUCUGUUAACAUCAGUCAGACUUGCCUACCGUUGUCUGCUUCGCCUUUCCAGCUCUCUUUGGCUUUCACACAAAAAUUUAUGAACAGAUAUAAUUAUGAUCUGUAUGACCAGUGCUGGGCCUUCAUGAAGCGUCUCAAACAAUCUUACUACCAUGCCCUGAAGUCGGGCGAGCGACCUGAAGAUCUUGUUCGCAAUGCUGAAUAUUCUGUUCCUCUAACGAGGGAGAAGAAAAAUGAAGGAGGGAGCGUGGCUGCUCUCAUUGAACUGACAUCUAUCAAGCGAGUAAUCAUGCAUACAUAUUUGCCUGAAACAAUCAUUGUAAUAGAUACUAAGCGAACCAUCACGGAUCAAUUGCCAUUUCAAACUGGUAGCACCUGUCGAAGAAAUUGUGAUCUAACGAAGGUCUGUGAAGAUGUUUCUAACUCUUGUCAAGAAUCAGAAAUGGAAGAGAAUCAAGAGGAUACUGAAGCGUUCAAUACUGUCCACGGUAUCAAGAGAGCCAGAUCCGAAGAUGAGUCUGAAGAUGUGGACGGUAGAAUAAGUAAAGAGAAAAAUUUUGACCUAGAAAAGUCGGGGAAACGUGAAAGAUUUGACGAAGAUGUAGAAGUUCAUCAUAGUGAAGAUGAACAUCUCGCUGUCGGGACAGCAAAUGAAGAGGAAGGCUUUUGUGGGACUGAAACCCUCAAUAAUUUAGAUAGUAUGUUAGACUCCAACGAUGAGAGUUUUGAUAAUCAAAGCUCUUCCUUGAAAUUUUCUACUGUGCCUCAUGGCACUUUGAAACGAUCCCUGAGCAAUGAUUCGCUUUCACCGCAGCGCUGCAAACGUCCUCGCUUAGAUGAUGACACUGAAACUGAAAUGAGAGACGAAGCGUCUAACAGCGCAACGGAUCCCUACGCUCAACCUGAUUAUCUAGCGGACCUUGCGUCACAUUCUGAGGAUUUCGAGAACUGCAACGACGUCAAACCGUCAUGCGUUAAGUGGCCGGUGACAUCUGCCAGUCGCCUGUCAGUCUUCAUGAAGGAUCAAAACACCAUUAGCUCUCUGGAAAAUCAGAAUAUCGUCUCUGGAGGCCCAGGCUUGCUGCAACACAUGCAAGACAAUCUACUGCUGACGGCCUGUGACGUAACCUGCCAGCUCACCACCCCGCAAGGAGCAGGUCUUGGCGAGCCUUCAACGGCCUUGCCGGAGCGCUUAGAUGUCGAUGUCCUCCCAGUCGAUCGAGACCUUCACAAGUCCGUUCUCAGCAAGCGCGCCAGAGGUUUGUUGAACGAGCGCGUGUCUUUGGAGGAGACUUUAGCAGAUUGGACUGAGGCGGGAUAUUCAGAUGCGACUCUCUCUUUGGUGCGCGCCAUUCACAAGUUCAUAAAUGACAAAGGUGCUUUUGGUGCCACACGACAACAAAUCAAGGACUGGCGUCUGAGCUGCGGUGGAGGAGAUUGCAUGGCUGUGGUGGUAGCCAUGGAAGAGGCUGGUCUCUUGAUACGGGAAGGCAUUACGCAAGCAACGUGGCUUACAUUGCCCAACGCUUCUCACUGGCUUGUGCAUACUCAGCAAAUCUCCAGAACAGAACGUCAAGGAGUUCGCCUGCAAGGUGUCUACACUGUUGAAUUUGAACCGAGCCUACUGAACGAGGCUGGCCCUGGGGUCUCAACGGCGAGGUCUGAGACGCAGGUCGAUCAUAUUGCCUCUAAUAAAAUUACUGGAAGCAGCAGCUUGCAUUGCAAUUCGAUUGACGUCGUGACGAGUGAAGCUACCACGGCUCAGGACUCAACGUUUGAAGAAACAUUGUAUUCAAAAGACACGAGUGCCGCGCCGGUAAACGUUGAGAAUCUUUUGACCUCUGGAACAAUUUCGGCUACUGGCACGCAGGUUCCGGUCCCGGAGAUUGACGAUGGUCCCGAAACUAGAAGUGUUAAUCCACUCAAAUGUGAAGUUGACUGCAAACUGCAUCCCAACGUCACAAUGCAAGAUAUUGUUCAAUCGGACUCAACCCAUGAGUGCACGUUAAAUGACCCAAGCUCGUCUGCGAGUCUUGCCAGCCCCAGCAAAGACCAUGGGACCCGAGCUCGAGUUCGAUCUAGAUUUGUGGCUGCGAAGAAGAAUUAUUCGAAGGAUGAAGAGAAGAGCCAGCAAAUGGAGGAUAAUGUCAAAGACUACCAGAAAAGUGAGCGGCGGCAGCAGGUGCAGGUGUCGGUGCGUCCGUGGGUGCGCGUGUGUGGAACGGUCGCGCGUCGCGUGCUCGACCGUCUCUUGGGCGCCGUUCUGUUCACGGUACUAGAACGACCCGGGGUGAACGGUACAGCCGUCGCCCUCGCACUCUCACCCACCAUGCCACCCGCACACGUGCAUGAAUUACUGCUCAUGCUCGUCGACAUUGGGUGCGUGAAGAGGACCUGCGUAUCAAGGAUACAAAGUUACUCGCUCUUCUCUAGGGCCGUACCCCAAGAGUUCACUGAGCGCGCUGGAGAAGACGUCGAAGAGAGCGAAGUGUCUUACGUGCCCACCGUGGACUGCAUCACCAAACUCGCUUCAUUCAUCGGCGAUAAGAAGUAUACUAUGGAUUUCAUAUCAUCAGACAGAAAGUAAAGCUGGUGGGGGCUUACGUGCGAUUAAUAAUUGUAUGCUAUUUAAUAUUUUUUUUUUUUUCGGGAGGAAAACGAAUCCCCUUUCGAUGUGUGAUUAGUGGGGGUGCCAACCUGUGAUGCAAGUACCAUUUCAUAACGCGAACACUUACGCGACCGUAAAUGAUUUUUUUAUUUAUUUAUUUUUUGAUACUUCAAAAAAUGUUCUUACAGGUUAAUGCAUGGUAAUAUGGCUAAAAUUCGCUUUUUCCAUACGCCACCUAUCUUGUCCCUAAAGACAGUAAUUUACUCAGCACUCGCUUAAGACGUUCAUUGAUAGAGCAUUGAUUGAGGUAGACUGCAACUAACGCUACAUAGUAGCUACUAGUAUUAGUGGUACGAGAUAUAAACUUGGGGUACGCGGCGAAUGUGGUACGAAUGAGUGGUACUUUAUUACAAUAUGGUUUGAAAUUAAUUUAUACGGCGAAAUUAGCAGUUUUCUAUGCUAUUUAAAAUAUUGAGUGAUUUGUCGAUGUUACGAUAGGAGUUUUUUUCAACAUUUGUUGUAUUCAUAUCUUUUUAUGCUAAAAUUGCGAAUGAAAUGUUGUUUCAUGUCAUUGUCUUGGUUUUUAAAUUCUUGGAGUAAUACAAGCUGUUGUCAUUCAUUGAAGAGGAUAAAUAAACAUUUUCAAUAUUUGUAA